AUGGGUGAUGUUGAGAAGGGCAAGAAGAUUUUUGUUCAGAAGUGUGCCCAGUGCCAUACUGUGGAAACGGGAGGCAAGCACAAGACUGGGCCAAAUCUCCAUGGUUUAUUUGGGCGAAAAACAGGUCAAGCCCCUGGGUUGUCUUACCCGGAUGCCAACAAGAACAAAGGCAUCACCUGGGGAGAGGAGACAUUGAUGGAGUAUUUGGAGAAUCCCAAGAAGUACGUCCCUGGAACAAAAAUGAUCUUCGCUGGCAUUAAGAAGGCAGGGGAAAGAGCGGACUUGAUAGCUUAUCUCAAAAAAGCUACUAAGGAGUAAUAGUUGGCCGUUGCCUUAUUUAUUACAAAACAGAAAUGUCUCCUGACUUUUUUAAUGUGUACCAUGUUUAAAUUGAUCUCAUACACCAGAAUUCACAUCAUGAAUGGCUGAUAGAAUAUUUCUUUUGGACAGUCCUUAUUUAAAUAAGAUUGGCUUGUGGUUAAAUGAAUAUGAUUCACUUUUUGACCUUUGAUAGUAAUUCUGGUUCAGCAAGUGCUGUCACUGUUUUCCCCUUUGAAAAAUAUGAUUGGGGUUGAUUAGAUGUUGAGCUUUUCGCAGAGAUGGUAAAUGCCAUCUCUAAACUUACAGGAGAUUG